CCAUGGCUCUAAAAGGACAAGAAGAUUAUAUUUAUCUUUUCAAGGAUUCAUCGCACCCAGUGGAUUUUCUGGAUGCCUUCAGAACGUUUUACUUGGAUGGAUUAUUUACUGAUAUUACUCUACAGUGUCCUUCGGGCAUAAUCUUCCAUUGUCACCGAGCUGUUUUAGCUGCUUGCAGCAAUUAUUUUAAGGCAAUGUUUACAGCUGACAUGAAAGAAAAAUUUAAAAAUAAAAUAAAACUCUCUGGCAUCCAUCAUGAUAUUCUGGAAGGCCUUGUAAAUUAUGCUUACACUUCCCAAAUUGAAAUAACCAAAAGAAACGUUCAGAGUCUGCUAGAAGCAGCAGAUCUGUUACAGUUCCUUUCUGUAAAGAAAGCUUGUGAGCAGUUUUUGGUAAGGCACUUAGAUAUUGAUAAUUGUAUUGGAAUGCACUCCUUUGCAGAAUUCCACGUGUGUCCAGAACUAGAGAAGGAAUCACGAAGAAUUCUAUGUUCAAGGUUUAAGGAAGUAUGGCAACAAGAAGAAUUUCUUGAAAUCAACCUUGAGAAGUUUCUCUUUAUCUUGUCCAGAAAGAAUCUCAGUGUCUGGAAAGAAGAAGCUAUCAUAGAACCAGUUAUUAAAUGGACUGCUCACGAUGUAGAAAAUCGAAUUGAAUGCCUAUAUAAUCUACUCAGCUAUAUCAAUAUAGAUAUAGAUCCAGUGUAUUUAAAAACAGCUUUAGGCCUUCAAAGAAGCUGCCUACUAACAGAAAAUAAGAUACGAUCUCUAAUAUACAAUGCUUUGAAUCCUAUGCACAAAGAGAUUUCCCAGAGGUCCACAGCCACCAUGUAUAUCAUUGGAGGCUAUUACUGGCAUCCUCUGUCAGAGGUGCACAUAUGGGACCCUUUGACAAACGUUUGGAUUCAAGGAGCAGAAAUACCUGACUAUACUAGGGAGAGCUAUGGUGUUACAUGUUUGGGACCCAACAUUUAUGUAACUGGAGGUUACAGGACGGAUAACAUAGAAGCUCUUGACACAGUGUGGAUUUAUAACAGUGAAAGUGAUGAGUGGACAGAAGGUUUGCCAAUGCUCAAUGCCCGGUACUACCACUGUGCAGUCACCUUGGGUGGCUGUGUUUAUGCCUUAGGCGGUUACAGGAAAGGGGCUCCAGCAGAAGAAGCCGAGUUCUAUGACCCAUUAAAAGAAAAAUGGAUUCCUAUUGCAAACAUGAUUAAAGGUGUGGGAAAUGCGACUGCCUGUGUCUUACAUGAAGUUAUCUAUGUCAUUGGUGGCCACUGCGGAUACAGAGGAAGCUGCACGUAUGACAAGGUUCAGAUCUACAAUUCAGAUAUCAAUGAGUGGAGCCUCAUCACCUCCAGCCCUCAUCCAGAGUAUGGAUUGUGUUCCGUUCCAUUUGAAAAUAAACUCUAUCUAGUUGGUGGACAAACGACAAUCACAGAAUGCUAUGACCCGGAACAAAAUGAGUGGAGACAAAUUGCUCCCAUGAUGGAAAGGAGGAUGGAAUGUGGUGCCGUCAUCUUGAACGGAUGCAUUUAUGUCACUGGAGGAUAUUCCUAUUCAAAGGGAACCUAUCUUCAGAGCAUUGAGAAAUAUGAUCCAGAUCUCAAUAAGUGGGAAAUAGUUGGUAAUCUUCCAAGUGCCAUGCGGUCCCAUGGCUGUGUUUGUGUGUAUAAUGUCUGACCAAAUCUGCAGAAGUGACCAAGCAAUUGCUGUUUUGGGGUAUAGUUUUAAAAAAA